AUGCUCCUACGCUCAUUUACACAUCAAGAUGUUACUCAGGUUACACAAAGUACGCACCAGGACGGAUCAGGGGUGCAACCGGGGCAGGACCAAGUGCCAGCUUCAUCUGCAGUACACCCAGAGGCAAAACCAGCCGAAUCAGAGACAACAACAACAUCUCCUGAAGCAACGACACCAUCAACAGGAACAGGAGGGCAGGGUACAACGAGUGACAAGAAGGAUGACGACUCCGGCGCAGCCGUCGUCGAUGGCGGCAACGAUGACCCCCCUCCUCUCAAUCCACCCAAACCAAAACCGAACCCAAACCCAAAUCAAUCCGGUAGUAGUGGCAGUUUCAGUGACGCUGAUUUGGCGGAUGGGGUUUCUGGUGGGGACGGACACAAGGAUGGUGCUGCUGGGGGUGCAGCAGGAGGUGGUGGCGCAGGAGGUACUGGAGGUGGUAGUGGUGGUGUUAGUGGUGGUGUUAGUGGUGGUGGAGGGGCUGCUCCUACCCCUACCACCCCAUCCGUUCCGCCCGGCCUCACAUGGGCAGAUGUCAAGUGGUACACCCCAACCAUCAUUCCCGCGGUGGUUGGUAUUGGGGUCAUUGCGUUCUUCCUAUGGAAAGAACGCGAACAAACGUUACCUUUGGACUACUGGACAUCGCAAAUGAAAGAACCACAACAAUUUUAA